UAACAACAAAAUUUGCUUUUGCAGGAGGGCAGUAUUGGUCCUGAUCUGGUAAUUCGACCAUUACCCAAAAGACUUCGUCAGCCAUUGGACUCAACUACACCAGGAGACGAAUCGACGACAACUUUGCAAACACCAACAUCGACUUCUGUAGCAACAGAUGAUUACUCAACAAAAUCAGCACAGCAAGAGAAACGCAGAAGACAACACGAUGACGACGAAGUAUUCUUAGAUGACGAUGGAGAACUCAACGCUGAGGUUGCCAUCGACACCGGAUUUCCUAUAAAGAGGACUGAAGAGGGAGAGACUCUUGGACAUCAACAUAUUGUCUACAAAAGGAAGAAAAAUGGAGAAGAAAAUUACAGCGAUUACGUAUUUAUGGAACCAGAUCGUCUUUCCAAACGUUUUCGAAGAAGCCCUAGCUCAGAAAAAAAUUCCACCGCCCAUUCCAGAAAGACUAGGGAAGCUCCCUACACAAUUUAUCCCGAAAUAUUAGUUAUAGUGGACUAUGACGGAUACAGAUUACAUUCAGGUGAUAAUGCACAAAUCAAAAGGUACUUUAUAUCUUUCUGGAAUGGCGUAGACUUGCGAUACAAACUUCUCAAAGGACCAAAAGUUAGAAUUUCCAUUGCUGGGAUAAUUAUAAGUCGAGGUAGAGACGCAACACCCUAUCUAGAAAGAAAUAGAGUAGGUAGAGACGCCAUAGAUUCGGCUGCAGCACUUACGGACAUGGGAAAAUAUUUGUUUAGAGAACGAAGACUACCAGUAUAUGACAUCGCUGUGGCUAUUACAAAACUUGACAUGUGCAGAAGACAAUACCCCUCAGAUAGUUGCAAUAGGGGCACAGCAGGAUUCGCAUACGUGGGUGGGGCCUGUGUAGUGAACAAGAGAUUGGAAAAAGUAAACUCGGUAGCAAUUAUUGAAGACACUGGUGGUUUCAGUGGAAUCAUUGUAGCAGCGCACGAAGUUGGGCACUUAUUGGGAGCUGUACAUGAUGGAAGUCCACCACCGUCAUACUUGGGAGGUCCAGGGGCAGAAAAAUGCCAAUGGACUGAUGGUUACAUCAUGUCCGACUUACGACAUACCGAAAGAGGUUUCAAAUGGUCCCCAUGCAGCAUUGCUAGCUUUCAUCAUUUCUUAAAGUAAGUUCUCGGAUAAUAAAAAUUAAUUUUAUUUACCGUACCUAAUAAGUAACCACCUUAACACUUAACACUUUUUGAAUUAUACAUAGCUUAAUACUUUUAUCACACCAUCUCUUUCUAUUAAUGGUCAUCAUCAUCAU